AUGGACUUCGUUGCUGGAUGCAUCGGAGGAGCUGCUGGGGUUUUGGUUGGACACCCAUUUGACACAGUUAAGGUGAGGCUGCAGGUCCAGAGUGCGGAUAAGCCUCUGUAUCGCGGGACCUUUCAUUGUUUCCAGUCCAUCAUACGGCAGGAGACGAUGUUUGGUUUGUACAAAGGCAUUGGAUCCCCCAUGAUGGGCCUUGCAUUCAUCAACGCUAUAGUGUUUGGUGUUCAGGGGAACACCAUGCGGAUACUGGCCCAUGACACCCCCAUGAACCAGUUCCUCGCCGGUGCAGCAGCAGGUGCCAUCCAGUGUGUCAUCUGCUGCCCCAUGGAGCUGGCCAAAACACGCAUGCAAUUGCAGGGUACUGGAGAGAAGAAGUCCUCUAGGAAGUUGUACAAGAAUUCCCUGGACUGCUUGGUACGCAUCUACAAUCGGGAGGGGCUGCGGGGUAUAAACCGAGGCAUGGUCACCACGCUGAUCCGCGAGACACCUGGCUUCGGAGUGUAUUUCCUGGCCUACGAUGUGAUGACGCGCAGACUUGGCUGCGAGCCGGACGACCGCUACAUGAUCCUCAAACUGCUGUUCGCCGGGGGCAUGGCUGGCAUCGCCUCCUGGCUCUGCACCUACCCCGUGGACGUGAUCAAAUCGCGGCUGCAGGCAGACGGGGUGGGCGGAGUCAACCAGUACAGCAGCAUCGCCGACUGCGUGCGUCAGAGCGUCAGGAGGGAGGGCUACAUGGUGUUCACACGAGGCCUCACCUCCACGCUGCUACGAGCCUUCCCCGUGAAUGCAGCUACCUUUGCCACCGUCACCCUCAUCCUCAUAUACGCUCGGGGGGUGGAGGAGGGACCCAAAGACUGUGAGGCGGUUCAGCCGAGCCACCACGCACAGAUCCAGCAGCAGGCCCAACCCUCCAGCCUGUGA